GGGGCGGGCGCUGUUCGCGGCGGACGGCCAGCGGCGUCGGCGGCGGGGCGCGUGGUGGAGCGUGGUUGCUAGGGACACCUGAGGUCGCCCGCUCGCCCAGCAGGCGCAGCGAGGAAGCAGCGCGGAGCUGGUGCCAAGCCGCGGUGAAGCAGGGUACCCUAGAAUACUGCAGCUGUGAGGCCCAGCACUGACAGAGACUAAUUGCUGAGUACUGAAUGUGAUGAGCUGCCGACCAGAGCUCUGCUGGACAGGAGCUCCUGGGAGGUGGUGCUGUUAAUGCAGUGUGGCUGGGAAGAGGAGGAGUACCCUGGAGACUCUUGGAAAACUUCGCACAAGCUGACGGAUACAAGGAUGCAGCUGGUGCUAGAGGUGUGUGGCAAGUUACCUGAGCCAGGCCAUGAGGCCAUGUUGCUAUGAUGUGGGCCCCUCAUGGCCUCAGCAGGAACAGAACACUACAAUAUUGGCCUGCGCCGAGGAAACAGCUUCAAGCAGAGACGUCCCUCAGGCACAGCGUCUGCUUCACCACCUGAGAAACCCUCAGAGGUCAAAGUCUGGUCUCAGGCCCAUCAGCAGGUGAAGCCAAUCUGGAAGCUGGAAAGGAAGCGCGUAGGCACACUGUCAGCGGGGCUGGGCACCAGUCUCUUGGGAGUCCCACCCCAGCCAGCCUAUUUCUUUUGCCCUAGCACUUUAUGUAGCUCUGGGACCACAGCUGUCAUUGCAGGUCACAGCAGUCCCUGUUACCUGCAGUCUCUCCCUGACUUGUUCAGCAAUACUCUGCUGUACCGCCGCACCAACGUGAGGCAAAAACCGUACCAGCAACUGGAAUCUUUCUGCGUGCGUUCCAGCCCAUCAGAGAAAAGAUCGUUUUCUCUCCCUCAAAAGGGUCUCCCUGCCAGUGUCACUGCCAAGAAAGCCACCUCUUCUACAGUCUUCCCCAUGGCCCAGCCCAUGGCAUCUUCACCCACUGAUCCAUACCUCUCAUUGGCAGCAGCUGGGGAAAAUCCUUCAAGGAAGAGUUUGUCCUCAGCCAUCUCAGGGAAGAUUGCAUCUCCUCCACUGUCCUCCUACAAGCCCAUGCUGAACAACAACUCCUUCAUGAGGCCAAAUAGCACUAAAGUGCCCUUAUCACAAGCCACAGAUGGCCUGAAGCCAGUAUCCUCACCCAAGAUCCAACCUGUCUCCUGGCAUCAUUCAGGGGGUACUGGAGACUGUGUACCCCAGCCUGGUGACCAUAAGGGACCCCAAAGCAUUGGCACUGUCUUAGAUGAUGCCACUGCCCCUACCACCCUAUCUACCCCUAGUACCCUCAACAUAUCCACAGCCAGUGUUACCUCUUCCCAGUGCAGUCAAAGUAACUUUAGGAUGGAGGCACGUCCCUGUGGCCUGGAUGAGAACUCGGAUUCCCAGAGCGCUGCUAAAGAGGUACACUUCACUGAGGCUGUGAGGAAGUUGACUGCAAAAGGCUUUGAGAAGAUGCCACGGCAAGGCUACCAGUUUGAACAGGCUUGUUUUGUGAACCCCAGCUUCCAGUGGGGUCUUCUCAACAGAAGCAGGCGAUGGAAACCUCUGAUGGGCCAGCGGUUUCCUCAGGAGGACGUUGGAUUAGACAGUGGAAUCCUUCCUGGUGCCUCAGACACCUUGGGGUUGGACAGUACAGUCUUUUGUACCAAAAGGAUCAGCAUUCACCUCCUUGCCUCGCAUGUCCAUGGGCUCAACCCCAGCCCUACCUGUGGGUCUGUAAGUGACCCCCAAUUACUUGGAGAAGACCGAGCUCCUGUUCCCCCUUCUUCCCUCCAGCCUCUAGGUGUAGCUGAAGUGGCCACUCGCCUUUCUUCUGUCCAUCUUGGCCAGCCUGGGAAGGAACCUGAGGAAGCCAAGGAGCUGAGCUCAUGUGCUGGAGAUAGCCGUUCAGCUACUGACCUCCGGCCAAACCAGGUGGAGCCUGAAGAUACAGAAGAUGAACUAGGUUUGGAAGAUAGCUGCAGCCAUGAUGAAAAUGAAGAAGAGGAGGGAGACUCAGAGUGCUCUUCCUUAAGUAUCGUCUCCCCCAGUGAGUCGGUGGCAAUAAUAUCUCGGAGCUGUGUGGAUUUAAUGUCCAAAUCCCUUCCCAAUCAUGAGAAGGUUGUGCGACCAGCCCUCAUCUACAGUCUCUUCCCCAAUGUGUCCCCUACCAUCUAUUUUGGAACUCGGGAUGAAAGAGUGGAGAAACUUCCCUGGGAACAGAGGAAGCUGCUCCGGUGGAAGAUGAGCACAGUGACUCCUAACAUUGUCAAGCAGACUAUUGGACGGUCGCACUUCAAGAUCAGUAAGAGGAAUGAUGACUGGCUGGGCUGCUGGGGUCACCACAUGAAGUCUCCUGGUUUUCGAUCCAUUAGAGAGCAUCAGAAGCUAAACCACUUUCCAGGCUCCUUCCAGAUUGGAAGGAAGGACCGGCUGUGGCGGAACCUGUCUCGCAUGCAGAGCCGUUUUGGCAAGAAAGAGUUCAGUUUUUUCCCCCAGUCCUUUAUCCUGCCCCAGGAUGCCAAGCUCCUGCGCAAAGCAUGGGAGAGCAGCAGCCGCCAGAAGUGGAUUGUAAAGCCACCAGCAUCUGCUCGAGGCAUUGGCAUUCAGGUCAUUCACAAAUGGAGUCAGCUCCCCAAGCGCAGGCCCCUCCUGGUACAGAGGUAUCUACACAAGCCCUACCUCAUUAGUGGCAGCAAAUUUGAUCUUCGGAUCUAUGUUUACGUUACUUCUUAUGAUCCUCUACGGAUUUACCUCUUUUCGGAUGGACUCGUCCGCUUUGCCAGUUGCAAGUAUUCCCCUUCCAUGAAGAGUCUUAGCAACAAGUUCAUGCACCUGACCAACUACAGUGUCAAUAAAAAGAAUGCGGAGUACCAGGCCAAUGCUGAUGAGACAGCCUGCCAGGGCCACAAAUGGGCACUAAAAGCUUUGUGGAAUUAUCUGAGCCAGAAGGGAAUUAAUAGUGAUGCUAUCUGGGAGAAGAUAAAGGAUGUUGUUGUCAAAACCAUCAUCUCGUCAGAGCCCUACGUGACCAACCUACUGAAGUUGUAUGUGCGGCACCCCUACAGCUGUCAUGAACUGUUUGGUUUUGACAUCAUGCUUGAUGAGAACCUAAAACCCUGGGUCCUCGAAGUCAACAUUUCGCCAAGCCUCCACUCCAAUUCUCCCCUGGACAUCAGCAUCAAGGGCCAGAUGAUCCGAGAUCUCCUGAACCUGGCAGGCUUUGUUCUGCCCAACGUGGAGGAUAUCCUCUCCAGUUCCAGCAGCCCCAGCAGCUCCAGCGGCUCUAGCACAAGCCUGCCAAGCUCUCCUAGGGACAAAUGUCAAAUGACUCCAGAGCAUUUUACUGCACAGAAGAUGAAGAAAGCAUAUUACCUGACCCAGAAGAUUCCUGACCAGGACUUCUAUGCAUCUGUGCUGGAUGUCUUGACACCAGAUGAUGUUCGGGUUCUGGUUGAGAUGGAAGAUGAGUUUUCUCGUCGUGGUCAAUUUGAAAGAAUUUUUCCUUCUCGAAUCUCUUCUCGUUAUCUUCGUUUUUUUGAGCAGCCACGAUAUUUCAACAUUCUCACCACUCAGUGGGAACAGAAAUACCAUGGAAACAAGAUCAAAGGUAAUAUGAAGGCGCCCCAUCCUUUUAAGGAUGUAGUUAUUUGCAAAAUGCACCGAAUGCCUAUCUUUGAAGGAUCAAAAAAGUCAGCUUGGUCUCUGCCAACAUCACUCAUGACUGCCUCAAAGGGUGAUGGGGCAUCCAGUGCCAGCAGCAAAUCAGAAUGCAUCAAGUCAAGAAAGCAAAGCUGCUCUGACGGAAACAUGUCAUCCUCUGAAGAUGGGACAACAUCUAAGCCCAAGAAGAGUCAAGCUGGCCUUUCCCGCAUAUCCAGGAAGACUUCAUCCUCAAAGAGCAAUGAGGGCACCAGCAAACAGCCCAUCCACUCUACCCAGGUGUUACCUAUACUCAAGUACUCUGGGCAGAAUUCCAGACUUUCUGCUUCCUCUGCUUCCCAGUCAGCCAGUGACUCCCUCCUGACUGCUGUGAGCCCAUGAUUGGUCUCCUGAGUGGGAGCACUCAGCUACCUCAAGGGAACCGACCUGCUGACCAGCCUGAGCCUCUCUCCCCCUCCACUUUGCCCCUCAUCAGAGUAUUUUUUGAAGUGGUUCUAUUGUAGAUAUGGGCAUCUGGAGGGCUGGAGGGGUAGUGGUGAUGGGGAGAAGGUGAAGAAGGUUCACCCUCUGUCACCUCACUUCCUGCCUGGCACCUCAUAUCUCAGUAGAGAUGCCAGUGAUGGCCAAGCAGCCUUAUAAAGCAGGGUUUGGUUUCUACUCUGAGAGCCAUGUGUGAUUUAUUUGAGGCCCUCGUGCAGGGCUUGAGUGUUGCUCAUGAGGAGAAAACGUGCUAAACAGAAGUCUCUUGUUCUGUAAUUGAGAGGGAUUCCUUGAAGGUCUUGAUUUCCUUAGGUCUUUUAGUCCCUACACAUCUUUGUCUUGAAGAGCCAUUUUUAGAAACUCCCAGUCUUCAAAGACAAGCAGGGGAAACCAUGACAGGCUGCACCCAUUUCCUGGCAUUCUGGUCUUGGGGUGACCUCCAUAACAUCUUUCCAGUUAAGGUUCCACCCUGUCAGUAGCCCUCUAUCUUCUGCAACUCUCACAGGGCUCCAGAGAAGGAGCCUAGAUGAUUUCAGACGUGAUUAUGUAGAGGAGGUGGAACAGCUGUUUCUUCUCAACACAGCAAGUCUUCUGGUCAGUACUGCUUUGAGCAGGGUUUGUGCCUUGGCAGGCAGGUUUUAGCACAAUCAUUUUUUUGGACAGACUUCUCAUCUCUGACAGUUAAUAUUCAGCUAAAUCUACCUCCCUUCUGGACUCAGUAAACACUGAGCACCGAAUAAACACUGCCUGAGUGAACUGUGCAUACAACUCUCCAAGGACACUGGCCUCUGAACCAGAAGCACUACUGUUCUCCCCACUGUGGGCAGGUAGAACCCAAGGAAGCCCAAGGUGGGAAGAGUUUCACUAAACUAUGGUCUUCCUUAGCCUAGCACUCCUCCUCCCGGGGACCUACAGUCUCUAGUUUUUCUAGCAGUGGAGCACAUAAGAAGCCAAUUGGCCUCAUGUCUGCCCUUUGCACACCAGGUUGGAAGUCCAUCAACUCAGUCUCACCCUGAUCUAAUACUCAUUCUUUCGAGUUUUGGAAAGAGGGAAACUUCUUUCUUCAUGGGUUCUGGAGUCCUGUAGACAAUUGGCACGGAACCUGGAAAGAUAAGAUACCUGACUGGGUUCAUGGUUACAGAGUAGGUAAAAGUGUGUUGACAGUUGUGAAGAGAGCUGGAUUAGCAAAGUCCUCAGCAGUACUUUCUGUUCAAUGAUAAAGACUGCAAAAUCAGUCCACAGUGGGAGAGAGAGUUCUGGAAAGUCUGAUAUCAAUAGCCAACACCCUCUUGUCCUCCUGGUUACAGUAUUCUGGUGUACACGUACAAAGAGAAAGCAGGCCUCCACUCAGCAGCACUGUGCCUAAUGCAUGUCUCUGGACAGAGGCCUGAUUGAACCAGUUUAUUCCUUGAAAGUGAACUUUGCUCGGUUCCCAUUAACAGUCAGUGUCCAACCCCACAAGUGCAUAGAAGGACCAGCAUUGCAGCAGACUGGGGUCCACCAGGGGGAGGAACUUGGGGACCCCCUGAUGAGACAGCAGUACACUGGCAGUUUCUGUUUUGUGUUCUGAGGAAUGGCCUCACUUUGUGACUCAGGCUUGCCUCACAAAUGCUAGGAUAGUCUGUGCAUUGUUGUGUCCAGCCACACACUGUAUUGAAUCUUUCUUACAUUUGAAGGUCUAUGGGUCUGUUUUGCUAGUGGGAGAAAAAGUGGGGUUUAUGUAUCGCCUUACCUUUCAUUCUCAAGAGAGUAAAAUCUUGGUAAAUUAUUUCACUGCAUAUUUUAGCACUGACUAGUUAACAAUAGAAUUCAAUUGAAUUGAGGGAGUUUUAAAAAGUACUAGUUUUUGAGAGUUUUAAAUUUGGAAGUGUAGUUGAAAACAUCAGAGUUAUCAGAAUGCAUCAGUUGUUUUCCCAAGUUCAGAACUCACCCAGCCUCUUGAAGAACAGAAGCAAGUGCUCCUGAGUCAAGGAAUGAAAUAGUCUUUUUCAUUGUAGUGUGAAUGUGAGACCUACCUCAGGGCUGUGAAAAAUCUAAGCAAACAAAAGGACUGAGAAUUAUUCUGUGCAAGAAAUGUAAAAAUCUCCCCUUGAAAUGGCAUGGUGGCUCAUGCCUUUAAUCUCAGCACAUUGGAAGCAAAGGCAGAUCAGCAAAGCUCUUCCUUGAAGGAAGGGGCACAGCUACAGAGAUAUCCUAGAAGAGACCCUCACUGCUCUCCACCUAGUGCUCAUCAAAGCAGUUUUCAUCAUCACUCCCAUGGGAAUCUCUUGGCCGGUUAAAUCUUUACAGCAUGCAAGUGUCCCAGGGAGGGGAACAUUAAGCAUCCUGAAUAUGUGUGUGAAUUGGUAAUUUGGUUAUCCCAAGCACCUUGACUGACAAAGAAUAAUAAGAGUGAGUGAGUACCUAGUGUCUAAGACAAACAGCACAGAAGAUUCUGAGUCAAGUAGGACCCAGAGGAUUGCUGCGUGGACCUAGCAACGGUGUCGGGAUGGUGUCACUUCAGGUCCAUUCUCAGGAUGAAAGUGACUUCCCAUCACCAUAGCCAAAGAACAUUCAGUGGUUUCUGCGGCAGCUCAGCACUGCUAAUUAAAGGUUAAUCCACACACAGCGGUUUCCAUGUCCUGCAGCAGAAUUCGUUACCUGGAAUAAGGUGAUGAGCGUUGCUAGGGAGCGUCCCCUGAUGGCUUCUUGUUAGUGCUGAAGGCUCCCUCUGAUUACUGCUCGUCUUUAGUUUGCUUUGGGCCUGGAAACAGUGACUUUCAGAGAGCUGUAUUUUGUCACUUGGGACUUUGAUCCAGCCUCUCCAACAACGCUUAGCCUUGAACAUUCCUCUAAUACCAGGGGACCUGUGUGGACUCAUUGGACCUCCUUCCGUCAGCUUAAGAUAGUGGGAGCAGCAAACAGUCUGGAGGUCGGUCUUAGUGGGUUUCUUAUGGAGAGAUCACAGCAGGGUCGGCAGCAGUGUUGCAUUCUAAGACCCAUUUUGUGCCUUAGCCAGCAGAUGUGCAGAGAUUGGGAAUACCACCAAAGUCAACAUUUGAAAUGUCUCUCUAUCUUCUGAAUUUCAGUUUAGUUACCAAGUAUAUCAAUCUCUUGGAUGUAGUUAUGGGGAUUAAAUUGGGUGUAAGACAUCUAAAGAAAAAAAUGCCUCACAUUGUAGAUUUCAAAUGAAUCCUAAAAUAUCAAUAAUCAUCAAGCCAUACCCUUCUUGGAGUUGCAGCAACAGUACCAGGGGUUUCAGGGCAGAGCUAUGACAGCAUAGCAAAUGUUCUCAGGCCUGUGGUAGCUGUGUCCGACAGUCGGUGCUUCUAAACAGUACACAACUGUUCAACAUUCGCAUUAUAUUGAGUAUGAUAAUCUAGACACACUUGAAGUCCACCAGAGAUGUGCUCAGGUUAAAUGUGGCAAAUGGUACUCCAUUUUCCUAAGGGAUUGAAACAUCUGUGUGCUUUGAUACUGGGAGGUCCUAGAACCAACCCCCACAUGGACUGGAGAACUCGCUUUGACCAAGAUAAUUAGCUUGAAAGUUUAGAGCCCUAUCAGCUGCCAGGUAAUAAAAACAAGUAAAACUUACACUAAUAGGCUCAAAUACUGAAAUGCCCCUGCCUGGAAAUGCAGUCAUCGGUAGAAAUGCCUGUAUUGUUGGCAAGGAUGCACAGGUUCAUUGAUUGCCAGCUUGGUUGUUUAGAAAGAACGCCCAUAUAGUCAGAAAAGAAUAGAUGAGCACAUCUGUUCAAUAUAUAGAGUUUAGACAUAAGAGGAAAAACUGGGAUCUGUGAGAAAAGUCAGAAACAUAUAUGUGCUUCCUGACUCCAUUCUAGAAACGGAGGUGGGCAUCAUAGACAGCAGGGACUGCCUGGGGACUGCCUAGUUAUGACUGAGGGGUUGGGGGUUGUAGAGCGCUACAUUGGGAUAUUCUUUGUCUUAAUUCUGGUUGUCGUCACUUUAUAUAGUUGGCAGACACCAAAAUUGUACAGUUGAAAUGAGUAUAUACAUAAGUAAAUAAAGCUGAUAUUCUUUCCUUUAAAAAUUUUUUUUCUUAUUUUUCAGUGCUGCAUAUCUAACCCGAGGUCUCAGACAGUGCUAGACAAGUGCUCUACUGCUGAGCCAUACUCCCUGGCCCAAAGCUGGUUAAGAAACAGCGCACAUGUGUGUACUCACACACACACACACACACACACUCCCAUUUCAUGAGGUAUAGACAUUAAAACCAUGAUCACAAGGAAGUAACAGUAGCUAAGAUUGAAAGGGAGAGCUGUGACCAGCUGGAAUGGGUAAAGCCAUUGCAACUUGAAUAUGUGACAUGUGUGAGCAUAAGAUGUUGAUCACAACUAAAUCCCUGAAGUAAUUUAUAAAGACAGUAGUAUAUCUACCUGUGACCCAAAGCAUUGAGGGAAGCCAGACAUAGGAAGACAUAAUAUAAACAGUUAACUGAAAUUUGGAGGGGAACUCAGCCGUGGGUGCCGAAAGCAGCAGUGGUUACCUUUAUAACAAUGGUAAAGAAGGAACCUUGUGGUUGAUAACAAUGCUACCUACAACAUGGGUUUUGGUUUUGUGGACGGCGUGCUUGCUAAAACUUACUGAGUUGUGUAUGUAAGACCGGUGCAUCUGUAAACAGCAUUUUAUAAAAUGAAACUAAUGUGUUAAAGUUUAGCACUUUAAAUGUACAUUUCAGUAGUAUUCCUAAUAUUGGACAACUUUCACUUCCUGUGGUUCUAGAAUAUUUUUCUACUUGAAACAAACUGUGCUCCUCCUUCACUCCCCUUUCCCCCUGCCCAUAGUAAUCACCAAUCUUCCUCUUAUUGUAGGGUCACCCAUUCUGGAUGUUUUACAUAAAUAGAAUUGUGAUCUUUUGUA